AUGGAGUUUCUGUCGAAAUACGCCGAGGGCCUCUCCGACUAUAGCCUUGAGGCUCUUUCUGGUCCUCAGAGUCUGUUGGUGCUGGGCCUGGGUGCGAUCGGUGGUUUCUUCGUCCUGUCCCGGGUCUGGACGUUCGUUCGUGUGCUGCUGAGUUUGUUUGUGCUUCCUGGAAAGUCGCUGCGCAGUUUCGGACCCAAAGGCAGCUGGGCUCUUAUUACCGGUGCUUCCGAUGGCAUUGGCAAGGAGUUUGCCCUUCAGCUCGCCCGUGCCGGCUACAACCUCCUCCUCGUGUCUCGCACCGAAUCCAAGUUGACCGCCCUCGUUGAUGAGAUCUCUGCCAAGAACCCUUCGGUUCAGGCCAAGACACUGGCCAUGGACUUUGCUCGCAACGAUGAUGCCGACUACGAGAAACUCAAGAAGCUCGUGGACGAUCACGACAUUGCUAUCCUGAUCAACAACGUGGGCAAGAGCCAUGAAAUGCCCGUGCCCUUCGUUCUUACCCCGGAGGACGAAAUGACGGAUAUUAUUACGAUCAACUGCUUGGGCACGCUGCGCGUCACCCAGCUGGUCACCCCGGGUAUGAUGCAGCGGAAACGUGGGCUGAUCCUCACUAUGGGAUCGUUUGCCGGCCUGGUGCCAACUCCACUGCUGGCCACCUACUCCGGCAGCAAGGCGUUCUUGCAGCACUGGUCGACUGCGUUGGGUGCGGAGUUGGAGCCAUAUGGCAUCCAGGUCGAGCUCGUCCAGGCCCAUCUGAUCACCUCCGCCAUGUCCAAGAUCCGGAAGCCUUCUGUUACCGUCCCCACCCCGCGCACCUUCGUCAAGGCCGUCCUGGCCAAGAUUGGCCGUCAUGGAGGGGCUCCCUUCUACACCUAUAGCUCGACCCCAUACUGGGGCCACGGCCUCAUGGCCUGGUUUUUGACUUGUGUCACGGGAGUGAUGAGCAAGACGGUGCUGGGUAUCAACAAGGGCAUGCACGAGUCGAUCCGUAAGCGGGCUCUCCGCAAGGCGGAGCGGGAAAAGGGAAAGAAGGCUGCGUAG